GCACGAGACUAUCCUCUCCUCUCCUCUCAACUCUCAAGAAAAGUUAGCCCCACGCGAAGAGGAAGAAGAGAAACAAAAAUAAAAGGAGAAAAAAUAAUAAUAAAGAAAAGAGUUAAGUAGAGAGAGAGAAGAUAAAAGGAGAAGCAGCAGAAUAAUAAGGUGUCUCUCUCUUGGACUGAUUCGUUUCAAUCGCAUCUGAUUUCUUCCUCUCUUCUGCUCUGCUAUUCUUUCUCUCUUUACUUUCCUCUCUCUCUCUCUCUUUGUCUAUAUCAUUUCUGGAGAGAAAGUGAGAGAGAGGCAUAUAUAUUAGAGAGAAAAGCAUAUUAUUAUUGUAGCAUAGCUUAUUAGCAAGUACCCAAGGCCAAAGGUCAAAACAAAACACAAAAGAGAAAGAGAAGGGAAAGUUGGAACGCAGUACUGGUACUAGAAGCUUAAAAAAAAUAAAAGCAUAUGGUGAUGGUGGUGGUGGUGGAGUUGGUCAUAUUUCGACAGACAUAAUUCAUAUUUUCUCUCCUUUGGGAUUAUUCUUUCUCUCUCAAAAUUUUCUCUCUUUUUACUUGUGGGGUUUCCUUAAAAUUCUAAUCUUUACUUCUCUCUCUCUCUCUCUUAUUGAAGAGUCCGCCUUGGCUUGAGAAGAGGGCAUCUUCCUUCUCUUUCAUGCUUCCUAUGUGGUAGCGUUUAUUGUUGCCUCCUUCGCAUUGUUCCAUCUUCUUAAGUUUCCCGUCAUCUUUUUGCUUUUACCAAUACCUUCUCUCUCUCUCUCUCUCUCUCUCUCUGACACAAUACUAUUCAUUCAUAUACACAACACAUACAUAUAUAAAUUUAUAUAUCUCUGCACAUUCAUUUCUGUCCCAAACUUUCUCUGCUAUAUACCGUCUAUCCACUUAACACUUCUUCCCACCAUUUAAUUAAAAAUGGCUGUUCAAGCUCAAUACCCUUCAAAUAUCCUCCUCCUCAAUAGAAACGGACAAGAAGGGCAUGAUUAUUCAUUACAGCAGCAUCAAGGAGGAUUAUUUCUCGAUCAAUCUUCUAUGAUAUUUAACAAUGUUGGAGCGAGUAAUACCACCAAUAAUAAUCCAAGGAAAAGAGGAAGAGAAGCUUCGGUUGCCACUACUGGAAUGACAACUCCAAUCAAUCCUUUCUCUCUUCAUCAAUCCCAACCUCCUCAGCUCAUCGACCUCUCCCAACUCCAUAACCAGAACCAACCCAAUGUCGUUUCCACAGGACUAAGAUUAUCCUUCGGCGAACAACAACAACAGUUACAACAAAAUCAGAAUAAUCAUCAUCAAAAUCAUAAUCUCCAUCAUCAUCAACAACAACAAUCUCAGCAGCUUCAACAGUUGAACCAGUCAUCGUCGUCGUCGUCUUUCUUAUCUGUAAUGGCAGAGGAUUUCGCUUCCCAAAUCAAACAACAGAGAGACGAAAUCGAUCAGUUUCUUCAAGCCCAGCAGGGAGAGCAGCUACGACGUACAUUAGCCGAGAAGAGACAGAGGCACUAUCGUGCGCUGCUGAGCGCGGCGGAAGAGUGGAUAGCCCGGCGGUUGAGAGAGAAGGAGGCGGAGAUGGAGAAGGCUACUCGCCGGAAUGCCGAGCUGGAAGCACGGGCGGCCCAGCUAAGCGUGGAGGCCCAAGUUUGGCAGGCCAAGGUCCGGGCCCAAGAGGCGACGGCGGCGUCUCUUCAGGCCCAAUUACAGCAGGCGAUUAUGAACGGCGGGGGAAGGGGUUUGGUGGACGAGGGGGGGGUAUCGUGCGCCGGGGGUGCGGAGGGUGGAAUAGAAGGUCAGGCUGAGGACGCCGAGUCGGCUUAUGUCGACCCGGAUCGAGUCACCGCGGCGUCGGGACCGAGUUGCAAAGCGUGUCGGAAGCGAGUAGCUUCAGUGGUUAUUUUGCCUUGUCGGCAUCUCUGCCUCUGUACAGAAUGUGACCGAGUUGUUCAGGCCUGUCCACUUUGCCUCUCGUUGAGAAAUUCCAGUGUGGAAGUUUUCCUCUCUUAGGGCCCAAAGCCCAAGCCCAAUUAUAGCUUUUGGGCCCGCCAAAAUCCAUUCAGUAUUGUUGAUAUCAACGGUACGAUGGAGAAAAAAGAAAAUUAAAUGAACAAAAGAAAAAGAAUUUUAAUAAUAUUGGAGUAUAAUAAGCAAAAAAAAAAUCACAAUCCUCUUUUUUAUUUUUAUUUUUAUUUUUUUUAUCUCCCUACUUUUUCUUUUCCUGGGAAAAUAGCUGAAUAGCCUGCCCCACAAGACUCAAUUUUUCCUUUUGUUUAUUUUUUCUUUGUUGCUCCCCCCCCCCCCCCCCCCUUGGAGUGAAUUUCCUAGAGGUAAUGUACAUGGCCAUGUGGGUGGUGGCAUUGUCCCCUUUCAUUAUUUUUCUUUUCUCUUUUUUUUUUUUGCGAAAUUUAAUUCAUAUAUAAAUUCUUUUAUUUGAUAUAUAUAACUCAUUGAGCAGAUUUCCUCCAAA